GAAACUCUUCCGAGUGAUUGGGAAGAACUUCCUCCUGGCCAUCGGCGGCAUAUGGAAGCACCUGACGUGGUAUUUCACUCCAUCUCAAGUCCAUUCUGUGUUCACACGCAGCCUUAAAAUGCUACUUACCGCUUUACCGAGUCGGGUCAAGCUCAUUUCGGGAUGUUCGUUGGCGUUUACCGCCGCUCGGAUGUAUUCUGCCGGCCCUGCAGCCACCAACCCAGUCGUCUACUUUGACAUUGCUGCUGACCACCAGCCCGUCGGAAGAGUAACCUUCGAGGUGAGUUCAGUUGUCUUGACCAGGAACUUGAUCCGAUGGUUAGGUUACUAGGCUAUUAAAUGUGCAUUUGUUUAGAUUAUUUUGGCCUCGGCCUUUGAGAUAACGAGUAGGCAUCGUAUAAUGCACCAGUUGUAACUUGAAACCAACGUGAAGACCGCUCAGUUGGACCUACAGCACAAUGAAUGAACAUACCAGCCCUGUAGAGCUAGGCCUACUGUACAAACUAGCUACUAGUCUGAUUAAUCCGCCUGUAAUACACUAUUCAUUGGGGAGUAAACGGCCUGAAACGAAUGCCUGCGAAAUCGUGUAAAUAUGCCUUAUGUCCACCAGAUGCAUCAACUCUUUGCGUUCCGGCCGAAGUCAUUCAUUGGCAAUGGAGCAGCAUUGGGUGCCGCAUGCGUUCAAUAUUUUCAACUCAUAAAUUGAUUAAUGUGUGGUGGGUACCAAACGGAAGCACACACAGACUAUAACUAACUAGCAUUUUAACUAGUUAAAUGAAAAGCGAAGAAAGUGUGUCAAAUGUGGAUGCGUGCUAGACAUCCAGCAAAACAAAACGCAAAUACAUCUGGAGGACAUCGGGCAUUACGCGCCAGAACAUUUAAUAAAAGUACAUUUAAACGGUUGUCGGUGCCGUUUGUCCUUAAGUUGCUCGAAAUUUGAAACAACAUAUACACAGGAAAGUAUUGUUUACCAGACUUUUUAAUAGGUAUAUGGUUCACUUCGGCACCGAGGUAAAGUUAGUUUUAUAUUGGAUAUUUAUAGCUGAUGAACCAAGCAUGCCAUGACAAUAAAAAAAAAAAGUAGGUUGGAGCACAAACACCUUUUGUGUGAAUUCAUCAUUUUUAUUCAAAUCUUAAAUUAUUGUUAAAAAAAAAAAAAAAAGUGUAUAUACAGUACCAGUCAAAGGUGUGGACACCUACUAUUUUCUACAUUGUAGAAUAAUAGUGAAGACAUCAAAACUAUGAAAUAACACAUAUGGAAUCAUGUAGUAACCAAAAAAGUGUUAAACAAAUAAAAAUAUAUUUUAUAUUUGAGAAUCUUCAAACAGCCACCCUUUGCCUUUAUGACAGCUUUGCACACUCCUUGGCAUUCUCUCAACCAGCUUCACCUGGAAUACUUUUCCAACAGUCUUGAAGGAGUUCCCACAUGUUGAGCACUUGUUGGCUGCUUUUCCUUCACUCUGUGGUCCGACUCAUCCCAAACCAUCUCAAUUGGGUUGAAGUCGGGGGAUUGUGGAGGCCAGGUCAUCUGAUGCAGCACUCCAUCACUCUCCUUCUUGGUAAAAUAGCCCUUACACCGCCUGGAGGUGUGUUGGGUCAUUGUCCUGUUGAAAAACAAAUGACAGUCCCAUUAAGCCCGAACCAGAUGGGAUGGCGUAUCGCUGCAGAAUGCUGUGGUAGCCAUGCUGGUUAAGUGUGCCUUGAAUUCUAAAUAAAUCACAGACAGUGUCGCCAGCAAAGCACCCCUACACCAUAACACCUCCUCCUCCAUGAUUUACGGUGGGAACUACACAUGCGGAGAUCAUCCUUUCACCCACAUCGCGUCUCACAAAGACACGGCGGUUGGAACCAAAAAUCUCAAAUUUGUACUCCAGACCAAAGGACGCGUUUCUACCCGUCUAAUGUCCAUUGCUCAUGUUUUUUUGGCCCAAGCAGGUCUCUUCUUAUUAUUGGUGUUCUUCAGUAGUGGUUUCUUUGCAGAAAUUCGACCAUGAAAGCCUGAUUCACACAGUCCCCUCUGAACAGUUGAUGUUGAGAUGUGUCUGUGACUUGAACUCUGUGAAGCAUUUAUUUGGGCUGCAAUCUGAGGUGCAGUUAACUCUAAUGAACUUAUCCUCUGCAGCAGAGGUAACUCUGGGUCUUCCUUUCCUGUGGUGGUCCUCAUGAGAGCCAGUUUCAUCAUAGCGCUUGAUGGAUUUUGUGACUGCACUUGAAGAAACGUUCAAAGUUCUUGAAAUGUUCUGUAUUGACUGACCUUCAUGUCUUAAAGUAAUGAUGGACUGUCGUUUCUCUUUGGUUGUUUGAGCUGUUCUUUCCAUAAUAUGGACUUGGUCUUUUACCAAAUAGGGCUAUCUUCUGUAAACCCCCCCUACCUUGUCACAACACAACUGAUUGGCUGAAACGCAUUAAGAAGGAAUGAAAUUCCACAAAUUAACUUUUAAGAAGGCACACCUGUUAAUUGAAAUGCAUUCCAGUUGACUACCUCAUGAAGCUGGUUGAGAGAAUGCCAAGAGUGUGCAAAGCUGUCAACAAGGCAAAGGGUGGCUAUUUUUGAAGAAUCUCAAAUAAAAUAUAUUUAGAUUUGUUCAACACUUUUUUUUGGUUACUACAUGAUUCAAUGUGUUAUUUCAUAGUUUUGAUGUCUUCACUAUUAUUCUGCAAUGAAAAAAUAAAGAAAAACCCUUGAAUGAGGAGGUCCAAACUUUUGACUGGUAGUGUACAUACACAUACAGUGCAUUCGGAAAGUGUUCAGACCCCUUUUCCACAUUUUGUUACGUUACAGCCUUAUUCUAAAAUGUAUUAAAUUGUUUUUUUUCUUCACUAUGACAAAGCAAAAACAGGUUCAGACAUUUUUGCAAGUUUAUAAAAAAUAAAAACAGAUAUACCAUUUACGUAAGUAUUCAGACCCUUUACUCAGUACUUUGUUGAAGCACCUUUGGCAGCGAUUACAGCCUCAAGUCUUCUUGGGUGUGACGCUACAAGCUUGGCACACCUGUAUUUGAAGAGUUUCUCCCAUUCUUCUCUGCAAAUCCUCUCCAGCUCUGUAAGGUUGGAUGGGGAGCGUCGCUGCACAGCUACUUUCAGGUCUCUCCAGAGAUGUUCAAUUCCGGGCUCUGGCUGGGCCACUCAAGGACAUUCAGAGACUUUUCCCGAAGCCACUCCUGCGUUGUCUUGGCUGUGUGCUUAGGGUUGUUGUCCUGUUGGAAGGUGAACCUUCGCCCCAGUCUGAGGUCCUGAGCGCUCUGGAGCAGGUUUUCAUCAAGGAUCUCUCUGUACUUUGCUACGUUCAUCUUUCCCUCGAUCCUGACUAGUAUCCCAGUCCCUGCCGCUGAAAAACAUUCCCACAGCAUGAUGCUGCCACCACCAUGAUUCACUGUAGGGAUGGUGCCAGGUUUCCUCCAGAUGUGAUGCUUGGCAUUCAGGCCAAAGAGAUCAAUCUUGGUUUCAUCAGACCAGAGAAUCUUGUUUCUCUUGGUCUGAGAGUCUUUAGGUGCCUUUUGGCAAACUCCAAGCGGGCUGUCAUGUGCCUUUUACUGAGGAGUGGCUUCCGUCUGGCCAUUCUACCAUAAAGGCCUGAUUGGUGGAGUGCUGCAGAGAUGGUUGUCCUUCUGGAAGGUUCUCCCAUCUCCACAGAGGAACUCUAGAGCUCUGUCAGAGUGACCAUCAGGUUCUUGGUCACCUCCCUGACCAAGGCCCUUCUCCCCUGAUUGCUCAGUUUGGCCGGGCGGCCAGCUCUAGGAAGAGUCUUGGUGGUUCCAAACUUCUUCCAUUUAAGAAUGAUGGAGGCCACUGUGUUCUUGAGGACCUUCAAUGCUGCAGAAAUGUUUUGACACCCUUCCCCAGAUCUGUGCCUCGACACAAUCCUGUCUCGGAGCUCAACAUAUAGACAGGUGUGUGCCUUUCCAAAUCAUGUCCAAUCAAUAGAAUUUACCACAGGUGGACUCCAAUCAAGUUGUAGAAACAUCUCAAGGAUGAUCAAUGGAAACAGGAUGCACCUGAGCAAAAUUUUGAGUUUCAUAGCAAAGGGUCUGAAUACUUACGUAAAUAAGGUUUUUCUGUUCUUUCCUGUGGAUAUUUAGCCUACAAUAUCAAGCAGCAUGAGGACGAACCGCACAGACAACUGGUAGAGUUUUUAAAUAUCAUUUUAUUCAACAUUCUGGCUUGGAAAUAACAUUUUACACUAUUUUCCAGGCAUUAGUUUCAGGCUGUAUAUACCAAGUCAUUGUGUAUUACAGCCUGAUUUAAUCAGAUUAGCUGCAUGCAACUGACUGUCUCAUAACUACCUAUUUUUUUUAUUUUGCAGCUGAACGCUGAUGUUGUGCCCAAAACAGCAGGUAGGGGGAGAACAACAACUAUUCAAUAGUGUUUGAUCAAAUUUAACUUUUUUACAUUUUAGUCAUUUAGUAGACGCUCUUAUCCAGAGAGCGACUUACAGUUAGUGAAAGUUUAUUGGUGGCGUACACCGUUUUGCCGACGUUAUCACAGGUGCAGUGACAUGCUUAUUAGGUGGUGGGAGGAGGGUUAUCCUGGAGAGAUACCCUCCUGUAGGUUUACAUCUAUCUAGUCCAGGGCUCUCCAACCCUGUUCCAGGAGAGAUACCCUCCUGUAGGAUUUCACUCCAACCCUAAUCUAGCGCACCAUAUUCUAAUAAUUAGCUGGUUGAUACGCUUAAUCAGGUUAGUUACAACUGGGUUUGGAGCGAAAACCUACAGGAGGGGAUCUCUCUCCUGGAAUAGGGUUGGAGAACCCUGGACUAGAUAGAUGUAAACCUACAGGAGGGGAUCUCUCUCCUGGAACAGGGUUGGAGAACCCUGGACUAGAUAGAUGUAAACCUACAGGAGGGUAUCUCUCUCCUGGAACAGGGUUGGAGAACCCUGGCUAAACAUUGUUUCUCCCUCUCAGAGAACUUCAGAGCUCUGUGCACAGGAGAACAUGGCUUUGGCUACAAGGGAUCCAUCUUCCACAGGGUCAUCCCUCAGUUCAUGUGCCAGGUGGGUAAAGUAAUGUUUAGUUGUUCCUUUGAUAACCUAUACCUUUUUCAUUGUGGGAACUCAUUGUAUCUUUGCCCCACACACGUAAGCCUGUCUCUGACCCCUCUCAAUGUGUCUGUUCAACACACUCUAGGGGGGAGACUUCACUAAUCACAAUGGAACCGGAGGGAAGUCUAUCUAUGGACCCAAAUUCAAAGACGAGAACUUCAAAUUGAAGCACACAGGACCUGGUAAGUGAUUCACCCUUUCUGUUUGUGCUAUCAUGCCAACUCCCAAUCAUUCAUUAUCAUGUGAAAGAAAUGGCUUGACGAUGACUGCAAUGGAAUUGACAAGUGCACAAACAGAUCUGGGACCAUGCUAGAUUUAAAAUGUAUUUGCAGAAUACUGUAGCCUACCUUUGGGCUAUUUGAAUGAAUCCCCUCCGUACCACUAGAUGGCAGCAUUGCACUGCUGAUAUUUAAACGAGCGCUUAACGGCAUAACCAACUUAAUGUGGUCGAGGACGAUUUCCCUAUUUCGGUUAACACAGCCAUAAGGAAUCAAUUGACCAAAUAUUGCUUUUCUUAGCUGUUUCUGAUUGGGCCUCUUGAUAGAUGGAUGGCUAACUUGAUAUCAAGGAUGUUGUCAUAGUAACUCAGCUCGUCUUCAGCAGUGCAGUGUGGGCAGUACCUAACUGAAACUCAGCUCGUCUUCAGCAGUGCAGUGUGUGCUGUACCUAACUGAAACUCAGCUCGUCUUCAGCAGUGCAGUGUGUGCUGUACCUAACUGAAACUCAGCUCGUCUUCAGCAGUGCAGUGUGUGCUGUACCUCCACUGACUUGCCUGGCAGCACUUAGGGUCUAGUUACGCAAUGUACUGUUUCUUUUCCAUUUAGGCAUUCUGUCAAUGGCCAACGCUGGGCCCAACACCAACGGCUCUCAGUUCUUCAUCUGCACCGAGAAGACAGAGUGGUACGUACAGACAGACAGACAGACAUACCAGUGGUACGUACAGACAGACAGACAGACAGACAGACAGACAGACAGACAGACAGACAGACAGACAGACCAGGGCCUGCUGUGUCCAUAAAGCGUCUGAGGAAGACUGCUGCUCUACAGUGCCUUCGGAAAGUAUUCAGACCCCUUGACUUGUUCCACAUUUUGUUACGUUACAGCCUUAUUCUAAAAUGGAUUAAAUAAAUAGAAAAUCCUCAGCAAUCUACACACAAUACCCCAUAAUGACAAAGCAAAAACAGGUUUUUAGAAAUGUUUGCAAAUGUAUUACAAAUAAUAAACAGAAAUACCUUAUUUACUUUUAAAUGUAUUUACACAACAUGCCUACCACUUUGAAGAUGCAAAAUAAUUUUUUUGUGUGAAACAACUUGAGCGUGCAUAACUAUUCACCCCCCCCCCCCCCCCCCCCCCCAAAGUCAAUACUUUGUAGAGCCACCUUUUGCAGCAAUUACAGCUGCUAGUCUCUUUGGGUAUGUCUCUAUAAGCUUGGGACAUCUCGCCACUGGGAUUUUUGCCCAUUCUUCAAGGCAAAACUGCUCCAGCUCCUUCAAGUCCCUGCCGAUGAAAAACAUCCCCAUAGCAUGAUGCUGCCGCCACCAUGCUUCACUGUGGGGAUGGUGUUCUCGGGGUGGUGAGAGGUGUUGGGUUUGCGCCAUUUACAUUUACGUCAUUUAGCAGACGCUCUUAUCCAGAGUGACUUACAAAUUGGUGCAUUCACCCUAUAGCCAGUGGGAUAACCACUUUACAAUAUGUUUUAUUUUUUUUAUUUUUUUGGGGGGGGUGGGGUAAGGGGGGGUAGAAGAAUUACUUUAUCCUAUCCCAGGUAUUCCUUAAAGAGGUGGGGUUUCAAAUGUCUCCGGAAGGUGGUGAGUGACUCCGUGAGUGACUCCACUUUGUCCCUGACCUGUUUGGAGAGCUCCUUGGUCUUCAUGGUGCCGCUUGCUUAGUGGUGUUGCAGAAUCUGGGGCCUUUCAGAACAGGUGUGUGUAUAUAUACUGAGAUCAUGUGACACUUAGAUUGCAUACAGGUGGACUUUAUGUAACUAAUUAUGUAACUUCUGAAGGUAAUUGGUUGCACCAGACCUUAUUUAGGGGCUUCAUAGCAAAGGGGGUGAAUACAUAUGCAUGCACCACUUUUCCGUUAUUAAUUUUGUAUAAUUUUAUGAAACAAGUUAUUUUUUUCAUUUCACUUUACCAAUUUGGACUAUUUUGUGUAUGUCCAUUACAUGAAAUCCAAAUAAAAAUCAAUUUAAAUUACAGGUUGUAAUGGAACAAAAUAGGAAAAACUCCAAGGGGGAUGAAUACUUUUGCAAGGCACUGUACCUAGAGCUGGCCGCCCGGCCAAACUGAGCAAUCGGGGGAGAAGGGCCUUGGUCAGGGAGGUGACCAAGAACCUGAUGGUCACUCUGACAGAGCUCCAGAGUUCCUCUGUGGAGAUGGUUGUCCUUCUGGAAGGUUCUCCCAUCUCUGCAGGACUCCACCAAUCAGGCCUUUAUGGUAUAGUGGCCAGGCAGAAGCCACUCCUCAGUAAAAGGCACAUGACAGCCCGCUUGGAGUUUGCCAAAAGGCACCUAAAGACUCUCAGACCAUGAGAAACAAGAUGCUCUGGUCUGAUGAAACCAAGAUUGAACUCUUUGGCCUGAAUGUCAAGCGUCACGUCUGGAGGAAACCUGGCACCAUCCCUACGGUGAAGCAUGGUGGUGGCAGCAUCAUGCGGUGGGGUAGUUUUCCGAUGGCUGGUACUGUGAGACUAGUCAGGAUCGAGGUAAAGGUGAACGGAGCAAAGUACAGAGAGAUCCUUGAUGAAAAACUGCUCCAGAGCGCUCAGUACCUCAGACUGGGGCGAAGGUUCACCUUCCAACAGGACAACAACCCUAAGCACACAGCCAAGACAACGCAGGAGUGGCUUCGGGACAAGUCUCUGAAUGUCCUUGAGUGGCCCAGCCAGAGCCCGGACUUGGACCCGAUCGAACAUCUCUGGAAAGACCUGAAAAUAGCUGUGCAGCGACGCUCCCCAUCCAACCUGACAGAGCUGGAGAGGAUCUGCAGAGAAGAAUGGGAGAAACUCCCCAAAUACAGGUGUGCCAAGCUUGUAGCGUCAUACCCAAGAAGACUCAAGGCUGUAAUCACUGCCAAAGGUGCUUCAACAAAGUACUGAGUAAAGGGUCUGAAUACUUAUGUAAAUGUGAUAUUUCAUUUUUAUCUGUUAUACAUUUGCAAAAAUGUCUUAACCUCUUGUUUUGUCAUUAUGGGGGUAUUGUGUGUAGAUUGACGAGGGGGGGGAAACAAUGUAAGCAAUUUUAGAAUAAGGCUGUAACGUAACAAUGUGGAAAAAGUCAAGUGGUCUGAAUACUUUUCCAAAGGCACUUUAGGAUCAGUUAUGCCAUUUAUAUCAUAAAGAAUAAUAUUGUACGGAGAGUGAGGACCUGAUCCUAGAUAAGUUGAGACGCUUUCUAAAUACAGACCCCAGACCAUUAUGACUUUCUUUCCCAGUCCGGGGGGAAAUAUAAUACACCUCUUCAUCUUCUCUCUCAGGCUGGAUGGCAAGCAUGUUGUGUUUGGCGCUGUGACCCAGGGACUGGACGUGAUCAGGAAAGUGGAGAUGUUCGGAUCCCGGUCCGGCCGUACCUCCAAGAGGAUCACCAUCGCAGACUGUGGAGAGCUUAAGUAGCCUGGGAGUCCCAAAUUUCAUCAUAUUCCCUAUAUAGUGCACGACAGAGGGAGAUGGGACACAGGCAUGGAGCGGGGCGCGAUGGUUUCUAUGUGAACUGGUCGAUGGCAGGGUGGUAGCCCGCAUGUGGUUUUAUUUGGCCCCCGAAGUUUUCUGAGGAAAAAAACGUUUAUUUUUUAUUUUUUUAUUGUUGGACAUAAAAGACUAUAAAAACAUCAGGAAAUGAGUUCCAAGUGAUUUUUAAUUUAAGAAAUCUUUUUCCAAGUAUUCCCACACAUAAUAGAGACACGUGAUCGCAUACAAACGUAAGCAAGGUUUGAAAUGAUCAGCAUAGGUCUUCCUCUUUUAAACGCAGCCAUUGUGUCUGUUCUGAGUGUUGACAAUAGUGGAUUGUUUUUCAGGGAUAUUGUGUCAAACACUGUUUGGGGGGAAAGGGAGAGUUAAGACUUAUUCUGUGAUUGGAUCUUUUCGAUAAAUAACUCCUCCAAUGUGAACGUGUCCAAUAAACCAGUUUUGUGUGUGUGCGUACGCAUCAGUCAAAAUGUUUUGCGGUGGGGAUCGGGAGUAACAUCUGAGAUGAGGGUUUUAAUUUCCUCUUGUGGAGAAACAGCUUGGCUCUGAAUGUGUUGUAUUUGGCUCUGCCUUCCAUUUCACCAAUGAUCUUGUUAAGUCAGGAAGAACCAUUUUAUUUUGGGCUGGGUUUGACUAAUACAAGUAGGAUGAGAAGAUUCAGUUGCUUAUCUUGUCUGAAUGAUCUUUGUCACGUUGGAGUGGAAAGACUAACAUGAAGAGGUGGAAUUGUUCACAUAUACCAGCUCAGGACUAGACUAUGCUAGCUAGGUUUCUACCCAAUUGCUGACAGAUUUUCAUGUGAAUAUUCUUAAAAUCAGCAUAAAGUAAUGUGCACAUUUUCCCACCAGAGAUGUUUCCAUCAAAUUGAGUUUUUGCGGAUGAAAGGCUGACGCUGUGCAAAUAAAAAGUACUUUUGUGGGUCAAUUCCCAUGUAGCCUACCGAAGUGGAAUGGGUUUCCAUCACAUUUUCAACUCUAUUGAUGGUUUUGUCACUAGAAAAUGGUGCGUUAUGUAGCGAAUGUGCCCACUCUGGUCUUGGCAUGUGUGCUCUAGCUUGCGGAGAUAGUCUACGUGAUGAGAUUAUUAUGGACACAAAAGAGCAAGAUGAUUUUGUAUUUGUCAAAUGGCAACCGAGCAUCUAUCUGCAUGCUUUCCUGAGUUGUAGUGGGAAAACCGCACACCAAUUGUACUUCCAUAUGAUGGUUAUUAUAUCAAUAUUUGCACAAAGGCGUUGCCAUUUCUCGUGUAAUUAAUGUUCGACACCAAAGAUCCCACCUUGCCUGGUGCAUUUUGUUCUGUCGUCACUGGAAAGCUUACCGCGAAAUUUGCUGUCAUUCAUUUUUUUUUCUUUCUUACAUGUGCUGUACUCGCAUACUGGGGGAAAAAAAUGUAAUACAGCAAAGUUAAUCAUUUAAAAAAGAUUUGUAUACAAAUAUCCCAAAAAUUGUUGUCCACGUUUAAUUUUCCACAGCCAACAAUACGAGUAG